AUGCACCUACCAGCUUGGUCCCCGCGCCAUGCAACGGCUUACGCGGAGGGCCUCGUUCAGGCCCGAGGGCUGGUGCGACGAGAUGUAUCCAGCGCUGCGAUUGCUAUCGGCGGCUUUUUGGGCCUCUUUCUCGUCGUCGCUGUCCUCACAAUCACAAUGACUUGGUACUCCAAACGACAAGCCCGACAAAAAUCGCGCACGCAAGGAUAUGAAUCGACGACCACCGCCGACACGACCGAGUUGGCGUCGGCCACCCCCAGCGUUGCCGCGCCGCAACCAGCCCAGACGGCCGGCGGCAGCGGCGUGGACCGCAACACCUCUGUCCGCUCCGUCAUGACCCUGCCCGCCUACCGAGCCGAGGCAUCGACCAACGAGCAGGUGCUGGGCCGCGCGGGCGACCGCGACGGCGUCGACGUCAUCGUCGACCUGCCGACGGAGGAGCGCGAGGAGGCGCUCCGCGACGAGGAGAUGGAGGCGCUGUACCAGAUCCGCAACGUGCGGCGGCAGCACAUCGUCGAGCGCGAGCAGCGGCGGGUCGAGCGCGAGGCGGCGCGGGCGCGCAACGACGCCGCGGCGCUGGCCGACAUCCGGGAGCGCUCGCGCCGGGCCCGCGAGGAGGUCGCCGCCAGCAACGAGGCGAUUGGCGAGCUGCGGCAGGACGCCACGCGCGCGCAGGGCCAGCGCCUGCGGUCCGUGUCGACCGUCUCGUACGGCGACCUGGGCGUGGCGCGGCACGACGGCAGCCGCGUGCGCGCGAGCAGCAACGACAGCGAGCGCAUGGGCCUGCUGGCCGACGCGGCGAGCAUCAGCGAGGCCGCCCGGCCGGAGUCGCGACGCAGCCGCAACAGGAGCGUCAGCUCCUUUGUGAGCGCCGACAGCGGGCCCCCGUCCCCGGCGUACUCUCGCGGCGGCAGCGCGGCGAGGGUGAGCAGCGACGUGCCGCUGGCGGGCUCCAGCCCGGACCUGGUCGAGGUGCCGCUGGAUCUCGGCGGCGGGGACGAUCGGCCGCCGCCGGGCUACGAGGAGGCGUCGCCGUCGCCGUCGCCGUCGCCGUCGCGCUCGGAUACUCUGCCGCCGGGCUACACCGAGGGCAGCAACAGCCCGGCAUCUGGCUCUGGUGAGCUGCAACCGCCGGCGGAAGCGGGCCGGUCGCAAAGGUCGGGCAGCUUCACAGGACCGGUGCCGCAGAUUGUGAUUGAGAGGCACCAGCAUUGA